AUAUAAAUACGUAAUAAUUAUAAGUUGUGGCAUAGAUACACAAAACUCGGUGUACAACAUUAUAUAGCUGAAGAUAACCAAGCAAGCAAAUAUGUCUCAGGGCAAGGGUUUAACUCCAUAUCAAGGCAAGAAGCGUGUGUUUGGUGAAUUUCGUUGCCCAAAAUGCAAUCGUAUGUGGAUGAGUGGAAAUAGUUGGGCUGAUUUUGGCCAGGAAUGUCAGACUUGCAAGGUUAAUGUCUACCCUUACUCACAGAGGCCGCUAAAAUUUAGUGGAGAAGAGGAGGGAAAUAUGGAUCAGCCACACCCAUCACAUUUGUGCGAGAAAUGCAAGAAGCAAGGAAAUUGCAGAGGCGGUUAUGGUGGCAGACGAUACUAACCAAUAAAACUGCAACAAGAGUGAAUAAUAACCAACCACAAUGCAAGAGAACCAACUUCAAUGAACAUUAAGAUGUAUUUUAUCAUUAUAUGAGAAUAUCAUAACUCAAUUAGCAUCAUAUGAAGAUUAUUAUCCAGACAUUAUAAUAUAAUUUGAUAUUAUUUGACUUUUUUAAGAAUGAAAAUUUAAUAUGCUGUGAAUCUAAAUAAUGUUUAGCAAUAUUUUAUACUUGCUAUAAUAGACCUAUGAUUAUUUAGUAAGUUUGAUGCAUGUUAGCAAUAUUUGUAAAGGGGAAGGGUGUGUCUAGACGACCACUCUAAAAGUGAGGGUGUGUCCAGACGACCACUCUAAAAGUCAACAAAAGAUAGACUCUCUUCACAAUUCUUUAAUGCACAUCUUGUAGUGGACCAGAAAAUCCUGUUGUCCAUACCCAAGUACUGUCUAAUUAUUGAAAUCAACAGAAAAAUGACCAAAUUCUCACAUCCUACAUAUUAUUAGUUCAAAUGUUUCAUUAUUGUUACUGAUUAUACCAAAUGCUAAUACUUUAGAAUUUAUAGCAGAUUCAUUGCUGAUUGUAAAAAAGGUUGUUACAGGUGCAAUCAAGGUUUAAGUGUAAUUUUUUUUUUUUUUUUUAACCUUGAUUGAUUAUUCUUCAUUUAAUUAUGCUACACAACAACAGUGGUGUAUUUACAUGGGGUCUGGUUGUAGGGGCACAAAGAGAAAGUGAGAGGGUGAUUGGUUUUCAUUGGGAUGCCAAAGGGUGGGGGAAGCUUUUGGACAGAAAGGAUCAUGUACCCCCACAAUCUAUUAGAUAUACUGAUGCAGUGGAAGGAUAAUUAUAUGAUUAUAAUAUUUAUAAAGUAUUUUGUGAAUAGACAAAGUGACUAAAAUAUGCUUAUAAUAUGCAAUUUAAAGGUAAACAUAUAUGUGUAUAUAUAUCUUGAGAGAAUAGAAUAAAUUAUUUAAGCUAGUAAAAUUAGUUCUUGAUUAUUUCAUUUAUGUUAUUUAUUUAACAACACAUGCACCAAGGAUUGUC